GCUCCAUCGCUGGGUCGACGGCCGAAGCCUUUCUCCCCGGGACCUGAUAUUAUGCAGGGAACAAGGGGGACUGGGCGGAAAACAGGGGAACAAAGCACCGGUUUAGGAAACCAUUCGCACACUGGCAGCAUUUGCCAACUAUGGUCGACCCCUCGGAGGCCGAGGAGCAGAAUAAGUGUAAAGGUCCAAAGCUCGACACACCAGCUGUGGCCACCGAAGACCCUCGACUGCCGGAGGAGGCCGAUGGCACAACCACGGAGGAGGAUGGGGACGCCGGUUUUGAGACACCACCCACCGGCAGUUCUGAGCCGAGCCCCCGCCACGCUGCAUCCCCGGCGGGGCCAGGCACUGCCUCUCAGGGGGCAACACCACAGCAACCACAGACUCAGACAGAGCUGUCGCCCAAGUUGCACCUGGACCUGUACAACUUUGACUCACCGGCUGCGGAGGGUAGCCGCUAUGUGCUAACGAGCCCCCGCUCUCUGGAGGCGUGUGCUCGAUGUGGGGUCAAGCCCGUGGAACUGCUGCCCCGCCCGCUCACCGACUUCGCCCGGGAGGCUCCCGGACGCUCCAUGCGCGUCGCUACAGGGCUGUUCGAAGUCCACGAGAGGGACAGGCACGCCAAACUGAGGCAGUGCAGGGAGGAGAGGGAGAGGAUUGUUAGGGAGGAGAAACGAAGGAUUCUGCAGGCGACGGUCAAUAGCAGUAGCAGUCUAUCAUCCGCCUCUGCCGACAAAGCCUCUUCUGGAUCCAGUCAGUCUCCCAAAUCUGGGCCAGCGACCUCCAGCUCCACCCCUGAUGUUGGGGCAUCCACUAGAGCCACACCAUCAGGUCCAACCUCUAAAACAGGUCCAGCUGUUGUCACUAAAGCCCCUGCCCCCACUCCUAAUACCUCCCCUAAACCUGCACACGCAGGAUCUCCUAAGUCAUCAAAAAAUGGUUCCACAACCACCGCGCCAUCUUCCAAGGGUGGUGCACAAGGAGCUGCCAAGCAUCCUUUGGCCUCAUCGAAUGAACAAGUAAAAACCACAUGGCCACUCUCGUCUGGCCCUCCGCCGGUAGUCAGGAAGUCCCCUGGUGGUAAAUCUUCAAACACUUUCCCCAGAUCAACUCCCAAACUGCCCGCUUUCCCCAGGGCCAAUUCCACGUUAACAUCAUCGGCGUCGAAGCCUGCAGUUCAGAGCUCUGGGACGCCUCCUAACGGUGUAGCCGGAGGACCGUUCUCUCAGCACAACGGACAUCUCGGAUCGCAUUCCAAGGUGAGAGGUAGAAGCCAUUCGCUGGAGUCCUUACAGCGAAAGUUGGAUCCCAUCUGCUCUUCCACCUCCACCACCACGACUACCACUACAUGCACCUCAUCAGAGUCGGGUGCUUCCUCCUCGUACAGUUGGGAUGGCGCGCGAGAUCACUGGGCCAAAGUCUCCAGCCCCCGAGCUCGCACUCUGGCUACUUUCAACUCCCUGAUGGGCCGCAGCCUCAGCCUCGGUGACCUGAGCCACUCUCCUCAGACGACACAGAAGGUGGAGCGCAUAGUGAAGGAGGUGAAACGUCGAGGCCUGAAGGCCGUGUCCGAGCGCGACCGCAAGAUUGCAGCUUUGAUGCUUGCUAGAUACCAGGAGGAAGACAUCAUGAGUCAGACCCGCUACGUGGCUCACCUUCAGUGGGACAGUGAGCGCAGAAUGGAGGAGCUACGGCGAGAGCAGGAGGAAAGAGAGAAGCAGCGUGCAGUGCUUCAGUGCCAGCGAGUGUGGCAGACACAAGUGUCAAUACGUCAGCGAAGACUGAGCCAACAGGAGCGAGAAUCAGCAGCCGCCAAAAUGCGACAGGCUGAGGAGAACGAGGAGCGAUGGAGGGAGCUUGCGGAGCAGCAGGAGCGCAGCCGCCUGCUGCGGCUACAGCAGGCGGCACGAGAAGAGAAGCAUAAAAAGGUGCUUCAGGAACAAAACCUGAAGGCUCUGGAGGAGGAGAGGGCGGCCAUGCUGGAGCAGGAGAGGCUGCUGCUGAAAGAGAAGCUCACCAUGGCUGAGCUGAAGAGGCAAGAGAAGGAGCACCAGGCCCAGGAGGAGAGACGGGGUCUGAACAAAGCAGAGAAGAGACGUCACGCCGCCCUGAUACAGGAAAUAGCCCGCAGAGAGCAAGAGGAGCGGGAGGAGGCCAGGAGGGCAGCAGACGAGAAGCUCAGCCGCUCCCUGGAGAAUUACGAACAGAUAGUUGAGCGGCGAGGGCAGGAGCUGAAAGAGAAAGCCAAGCGUGAGGAGAAGCAGAUCCAGAAAGCACGCAAGACAGCAGAGAAGCGUGAGAAGCAGCAGCAGCAGCUGCUGGAGGCUCGUGUGAAGGAGGCCGAGAAACGAGCCCAGCAGGCGGCUUUAAUGGCCGAGGGGAGGGCCAAAGAGAAAGCUCAGCGGGCCGUCCAGAGCCGACAGGAGAAGGAGAGACUCCAGAAGCUCAACAGGCAGCGCGUGGAGGAGGAGGAGAAGCAGAGGCGCCUGGAGCUGCUCCAGUCCAUCGAGAGGAAGCUGGAGAAGAGCGAACAGAUCUUCCGAGAAAAGAGGGCGGUGCUGGAGAGCGCUCGCUCCGUGGCCCGAGCCUCUUUUCACGUGCGGGACAAAGUGCGGGAGGAGACCAACAUGCGUACCUUUGAUAAAAUGGCCCUGGAAGCACAGCUGAAAGCCAGCCUGGACGAGAAAUAGACCCUCGGCUUCGUUGUCUCUCUACUUCUGGUCGUGUGCUUGGCUCCUGCCUUCAUUAUGGCCCUCAUCACUCAACAGCUUUACCCGUCUUCUCAUUAACACCCACAGUGUUAUUUUUUCUCUACAUAUCUUUACCCAUCAGCUGGUUUGAUCACAUUUUCACCAUUUUAUUCCAUCAAAGCAAAACAAAUCAUUUUGUAUCAUGGAAGCAAUGAGACUACAAAGUAUAUCAUCAGCUGUUAUAAACGAACAGUAGAGCCUGUGUGGGACAUGCAGUAGACUUGAUAUUAGACGAGAGCGUAGAGAGAGCAGCCUUGUGCAGCGACACAACCCCAACACUCUCUUUCUCCUCACCCUCUGCGCCCUCUGUCUCAGCUACUGGACUGAAAGCUGUGCUGGAAUGAACAGAGUCACUGUUUACCAGGGAAGCACAACUCCAUGACAACUGCAGAGGCUUUGGGAAAAUUAGGCGUAAGACGAAAUCCAAAGCAGAACGCAAACGCUUCUAGAAGCCCAAAGCAAAUGAGGGAUCACUUUGUGCGCACGCUGGGACACGGCUAGAUGCAGCACGGGAUUAAAGGCCCGGGCUGGACACUCGCACGUAACCGCUGACAACGCAGCGCAGGAGGACCGUGUGCACUCGCCAUG